UUUGGUUAAUCACGUGUACGUGAUCACCCGAUCCGCGCGUGCUUGGUGGGUGGGGCCGAGCCCAGCCUCGCGAUGUCAGAGCGUCGAUUCAGUCAGUGUGCCAUGACAACAGGAGCCGGGAGGAUAAUAUGCCGAAUCAUCAAGCUGCUAAAUGGAGUCCGAACAAUUGUUUUCUAGAGGAUAUUACAGGAACAGCUACAACAGUAUAACCAGUGCAAGUAGCGAUGAGGAAUUGCUAGAUGGAGCAGGAGUUAUUAUGGACUUCACAGGAUCAGAGGAUGACAACUUGCUAGAUGGAGAUGUUUCUACAGGAGCCAAUUAUACAAUGACAAAUGGAGGUGGUAUAAACAGCACAACGCAUUUGUUGGAUCUUUUGGAUGAACCUAUACCAGGUGUUGGCACAUAUGAUGAUUUUCACACCAUUGACUGGGUGCGAGAGAAGUGCAAAGACCGAGAAAGGCACAGAAAGAUUACUAGCAAGAAGAGAGAUUCUGUAUGGGAGUUUGUAAAAAGCCUGUACGAUGCAUGGUCAGGAUGGCUGGUUGUAACUCUGACUGGUCUGGCAUCAGGUGCCCUGGCUGGUUUGAUAGAUAUUGCUGCAGACUGGAUGACUGAUUUAAAAGAAGGCAUAUGUUUGAGUGCAUUGUGGCUUAAUCAUGAACAGUGCUGCUGGGACUCAGAUGAACCAACAUUCGAAGCAAGAAAUGAAUGUCCUCAGUGGAAAACAUGGGCUGAAUUAAUAAUUGGACAAGCAAAUGGACCAGGUUCCUAUAUAAUGAACUACAUUAUGUACAUAUUUUGGGCCUUGGGAUUUGGCUUCCUGGCUGUUUCAUUUGUGAAGGUGUUUGCUCCAUAUGCUUGUGGUUCCGGAAUUCCAGAGAUUAAAACCAUUCUGAGUGGCUUUAUCAUCCGAGGAUACUUGGGCAAGUGGACCUUGCUAAUUAAAACAGUCACUCUGGUUUUAGCCGUUGCCUCAGGACUGAGUCUGGGGAAGGAAGGUCCUCUUGUACAUGUUGCGUGUUGCUGUGGUAAUAUCUUCUCCUACCUGUUCCCAAAAUACAACAAAAAUGAGGCAAAGAAACGAGAGGUAUUGUCUGCAGCAUCAGCAGCAGGGGUAUCUGUGGCUUUCGGUGCUCCAAUUGGUGGUGUCCUUUUUAGCUUGGAAGAGGUUAGCUAUUACUUUCCCUUGAAAACUCUCUGGAGAUCAUUUUUUGCUGCGUUAGUGGCAGCCUUCGUUUUGCGCUCUAUUAAUCCUUUUGGAAACAGCCGGCUGGUUCUGUUUUACGUGGAGUAUCACACACCAUGGUAUUUGUUUGAACUGAUACCUUUCAUCCUCCUGGGUGUAUUUGGAGGGCUGUGGGGAGCCUUCUUCAUCCGUGCUAACAUUGCUUGGUGUAGACGACGGAAAACCACAAAGUUUGGCAAGUUUCCAGUCCUGGAAGUCAUUGUAGUUACCGUGAUCACUGCAGUGGUUGCCUUCCCUAAUCAGUACACCAGGAAGAACACUAGUGAGCUGAUCAAAGAACUUUUCACUGAUUGUGGGCCUCUAGAAUCUUCACCCCUCUGUGAUUACAAGACUGAUGCAAAUGUUAGUAAACUGUUGGAUGACAUCCCGGAUCGGGCAGCUGGUCAAGGAGUUUAUGAUGCCAUAGGAAAACUGGCAUUGGCACUUAUAUUUAAGAUCAUCAUGACCAUCUUCACGUUUGGAAUUAAGGUACCUUCAGGCCUCUUCAUUCCAAGCAUGGCAAUAGGUGCAAUUGCUGGUAGGAUUGUGGGGAUUGCAGUGGAACAGCUAGCCUACCAUCACCAUGACUGGUUCAUAUUUAACCAGUGGUGUAAUGUUGGAGCAGACUGUGUCACUCCAGGCCUAUAUGCAAUGGUUGGUGCUGCAGCUUGCUUGGGUGGUGUAACGCGGAUGACAGUUUCCCUUGUGGUAAUUGUAUUUGAGCUGACUGGUGGACUGGAGUACAUUGUUCCUCUCAUGGCAGCAGUAAUGACCAGCAAGUGGGUGGGUGAUGCAUUUGGAAGGGAAGGCAUUUAUGAAUCACACAUUCGCUUGAAUGGAUAUCCAUUCCUGGAUGCUAAAGAAGAGUUCACUCAUACGACGCUGGCUGCGGAUGUGAUGCGGCCUCGGAGAAAUGAGACUCCUCUUUCGGUGCUGACACAGGAUGACAUGACAGUUGAAGAUUUAGAAACGAUGAUUAACGAAACAACGUACAAUGGUUUUCCUGUUAUUGUGUCAAAAGAAUCUCAAAGACUAGUUGGAUUUGCACUACGAAGAGAUAUAACUAUUGCAUUAGAAAAUGCUCGAAGAAAACAAGAAGGUAUUGUCAGAAGUUCAAGGGUUCACUUUACACAACAUGCCCCAACACUUCCAGCAGACAGUCCACGUCCACUGAAGCUGCGGAGUAUUCUUGACAUGAGCCCUUUCACAGUUACAGAUCAUACACCUAUGGAGAUCGUGGUGGACAUCUUUCGUAAACUGGGCCUGAGGCAGUGCCUUGUAACUCACAAUGGGAAUGUCUUGGGGAUCAUCACAAAGAAGAACAUAUUAGAACACCUCGAGCAACUAAAACAGCACGUCGAGCCAUUGGCGUCUCCUUGGCAUUAUAACAAAAAAGGACAUCCUCCGUCACAUGGCUCAAAUGGCAGACCAAGAUCCCGAGUCAAUCAUGUUCAACUGAACACUAUAGAGGAGGAUCCUGAGGAAAGUGAGGAAGAGGUCCACCUGCUAAAGAGCACAGCAAUCUAAACGCUCAAGAUUUCAGCUCAGCAUGGCAGAGGGAAAGCAAAAAGUGUCUUCGCAGUUUAGUAGGCAGUGGAAGCUGCUUUGAUGUAGGAGUUUGACAGGGAUGGCCCACUUCAGUAUUAAAUCUGAUAUCCAUUAUUUUCAACAAAAUUCUACACCUAAAUAUUUAUGAUUUUAUAAGUUAUUGAAAUGUGCCACUAAAAGUUAAGAUAUAGCGAUGGUGGAAAAAUAUUGUACAGAAAUGAUUAUUUUUAACUACACCUGAAUUACCCUGCUAAUUCAUUGAUUUGUCGGUGUAUCCUGGACAGCACUGAAGCAAGCCAUCUCCUGCAACUACCUUCAGGGUGUUGCAUCUUAGUAGGAAAUAUAUUGGCAGCUCGAAUCUUUGUGGGAGUUUAAGUUCAGCUCUGCUCAUUUUCCGAACCUCUUACCCACUUCUGUACUGGGAAAGCUGGAGGGCCCUUGAUCUCGCAUUGUAUGAACACCUUCUUCAGUGAAGCAGGCAAUUUCCCAUAUUAGUACAAUUCCAGAUAUUGUAUGUGUAUCUGGUCAGAACAGCACUUCAGUGUAAUGUCCACAUUGAGAGCAGACUGCUUAUGAUAGGCACAAAAUGCAAAGGUACGAAACCGAAAUCAAAAGUUUAAGAAAAAACACUUCUGACAAGGCAUGUAAGAAAUAAUUGGAGUCUGAGGUUGGUAGUUUCUGAAGGAAACAAUUUCUUUCCGUCCCUGCAUUUUUUAAAAAAUACUUCUUUAAAGGAAUUUCACCGUGUCUAUUAAUGAAAAAAAGGCUUGAUUUUUGCUUAACCCCUUUGCAAUAACUUAUAUUCAUGACAGACGAAUGGUAGCAAUUUCCUAAUUGUCUGUACAUAAUGUUUGACAGCACAUCUAUCCUAGUGAGUUCAGUACAGCACAAGUAAUUGGGUAUCUGCCAGAUCGGGGUUAAUAGUAGUCAGUCACCUCUGUUUUAAUAUUCAUUUGCAUCAUUAGAAUUAUUCUAACUGGAAUUUUUUACUUUGUGUUUUUAGAAAGUUAUGGUGGUAAAGUUUCAUCCUUUAGAUAAAUGUUUACUGUUGACAUCAAUGGUCAAAUUCUGCCAUUGAAACUGUCUUGAAUAUGCAUCAAAUUUAGUUUUAGGACUUUGAAUUCACAUGAUUAUGACUACUACUUGGAAGUUCUGGCAAUUUUACAAAAUAGUCGGGAUCAUCUGUUUCAGCUAAAUUGACUUCACAUGAUAUGGCUGCGAUACUUGAAUUAUUCAUAUGUAAGCUUUUUGAAGAAAUUGGUCUUUUAAGAUAAUUAUUUUAAGAGGCAUCUCAUAACUGCAGGUAGUUGUUUGUAGGGACUUUUCAGCGAAAUAUAAACUUCCUUGAAAAACAUUUCUUAAAUGACUUGAAGUUUGCACUACACCUUCAAAUACUUAAAUUGAAAGGUAGCCUACACUGUCUAUAUACAGAAUUAAGUUUGAUUUGCAGAUCCCAUGUUGUUCUGUCAAAGACUGAAACCCGCUGAGCAUUUUUAACAGUUGCGAGCUUGCUUGAGAGCAUAAAAUAACCUUGGUGUGAGCUCACUUCAGAAUAUCAUAGAAUUACCAGUAAAUUGGUUCCUUGCAGUCAUCAUCCAAUCUGGACUAUUAAUUUAGGGUACAGAUGAUGACCAAGUUCAAUUCUGACAAAGUAUCAGAUCACCAACAUGAUAUUAUUACCUUCUUUUUGGCUAUCACAGAAUUAUAGAAAAUCAAGUGUGGAAGCAGGAGUAUCCCAUCCUGUCCCUAUAACCCUGCAUUUCCCAUGGCUAAUCCACCUAGCCUCUACACCCCUGGACGCUCUGGGCAAUUUAGCACGGCCAGUCAACAUAAUCUGCACAUCUUUGGACUGGAUAGUGAUGUGUCUCUCUCACAAUAUCUAAAACAGAAGCAAACCUCUCAGCCCAACAGAUUCGUUCCAUCGUCUAUGCUUUGGACAAGACAUUUCCCACCUUAUCUGCAUAACUUUCUAUUCCUUUAUCCCUCAAUGCUGUUUGCUUCAAAAACUCCUAAUGGUAGCAAGUUUUCUUGUCUUCUACACUCACUGGGUUAAAAAAUGCCUGUUGUGUAUUUCUGGCAUUUUCUGCUUUUAUGUGGGAACUGUAGCAUCUACUGUAGCUGCCAGACAUUAUGGAAGGUAUUAAAGGAAGACCCUGAGAGAUUGCCGCCCAUGUCCAGUUAUCUGUUGCCCUGCUUUUGGUUAAUGAAGAAUGCUUUGUCUUUGUUAACCUGUGAUGUUGCCUAGAAUUGUAUUUAAUUUGGAACCUGGAUGUUUUUUAUUUAUAUCUGGUGUAUUAGAAUUUCUGAUUCUCAAGGCGUGCUUAAUUAUGGUUACUGUGAAAUUUCAAUUGUAUAAUAUAUUGUAUUAAAUUCUCUGUCAAAACAGUUAAA